GGCAAGGAGGGUGGCUCCGGGGACGCCGGGGUGCUUCCGCACGAGUCCGAGCUGGGAUGCUCUUGGAGCUGCGCUCGGCGGCUGAGAUGCAGCCGGCUGAGGCUGUGGGUCUCCGUUGCAGAUGCCGAGAGCCGAGCCCUGGCUAAAGAGCGCCAAAAGAAAGACAAUCACAACCUGAUUGAGAGACGGCGGAGGUUUAACAUCAAUGACCGCAUCAAAGAGUUGGGGAUGCUGAUCCCCAAGGCCAACGACCUGGACGUGCGCUGGAACAAAGGGACAAUCCUGAAGGCUUCUGUCGACUACAUCAAGAGGAUGCAGAAGGACUUGCAGCGGUCACGAGACCUGGAGAAUCACUCCCGGCGGCUGGAAAUGACGAAUAAGCAGCUACUGCUCCGCAUCCAGGAGCUGGAGAUGCAGGCCCGUGUCCACGGGCUGCCCACCUCCUCGCCCUCGGGCGUCAACGUGGCCGAGCUGGCUCAGCAGGUGGUGAAGCAAGAAGCUGGCGGGGACGAGGGGACAAUGGAGCCGCCGCUACUGCCCCUGGACCCCGAGGCGCAGCCACAACCUGCACUGCCACCGCCGCCCCAGUCUCCCUACCACCAGCUGGACUUUACCCACAGCCUGAGCUUUGAUGAUGGCUCCAGGGGCUUCCCGGACAGCCUGGACCCCAGCCACAACGUCUCCUUCCCUUCCCUAUCCAAGAAGGAGCUGGACUUGAUGCUGAUGCAGGACACCAUGUUACCCCUGGCUUCCGACCCCUUGUUCUCUGCCAUGUCCCCGGAGGCCUCCAAGGCCAGCAGUCGCCGGAGCAGCUUUAGCAUGGAGGACACAGACAUGCUGUGACAAGGAGCUGCUCUGCUGCUGAGGGCAAGGACUGGCCCUUCAAGAUCGGUUAGCGAAGUUACAGGGCGCUCUUCCUCCCCUGCCUGGAUGAGGAGGCUGUCCUGCUGAGCACUUGAAUCCACGUCGGAGUACAUCUCUCUCUAUGCAACGGGAGUCUCGGUUCAAGACUCGCCGGGUACUGUAACGUCUUCUGCAAGCUUUUUGCCAGGAACUCGAGCAGACCUUCUUGGCUUGCCACGGCAUUGGACUGACUGCAUAUUUCACAGCCCGGGAGCAUGAUCUCGGCUGCUUUGCCUUUCAGCGAAACCCUCCCAGACCACAUGCUUGACCCAGGACAAGGCUCCCUGCCAGAGCCAGAAGGAGCCUUAAAGCCCCUGGGAGCUGGUAGGAGAGGACCGGGCUGAUGCUUGGAGGUUUUUCUCUGGCUCACUCCCCACUUUCAGCCUCUCUCUGUGAACCUGCGUUCCCUCCAAGUCUUCCCAAGCUGGGGCUUCUGGGUCUUGCAGACACCACCUGUAGCUGCAUCACAUUGCCACGUCCCUGGUGGGGUUUCUCCUUCACUUUCAUGCCGGUGGAGGAAGGAGCGGUGCUGCUUGUCAUCGGGAGUACUGGGGCUGGGUGCUUCUCUGGGUAACGGGGCAGGAGGGAGAAGAGGUGCUUAGUUACAGCAAGUUAAUUCAUGGAGUGUGGGAGGUGUUUUCCAAGUGAGUUGGGACGGAGCCUACAAAUUCAGGUCUGUGUUGAGAACUUCCAAAAUGUCAGGUAUAGGGUGUCUGACUGAUGCUUGAUCCGUUUGAAUGAACCCCGGUUUUGGAGCAGUGCCCAGGCGAAAGCCUCAGUGUGUGUCUCUGUCCGUGGCACCCUGUUAGGCGCCGCAGGCAAUUCCCGACCCCGGCCUCGGCGGCUGCCCUGGCCGUCGUGCUUCGCACUGGCUGGGAUUUUCCCCAGCGGAUAAGCCAGGUGAACUCUUGAGCGUUGCUCCAGUGUCCUGGGGUUAAUCCAAACGUGAACCGCAGCAGCAGCAGCGUGUGCAGCCCUCCGCUGCGAACCACACUCUGCACGUGCCUCCUCCACCUUUGGGGUUAUUCCCCUCUCUGGGGGCUUUUGCAGCACACCCCAUCCAUCCCCUGACCUUGCUGACCUCCAGAAACGGUCAUGCGAGGCCUGGGCACCUUUGAAUGUCCUAGUGGAACAUCCCUGUGCCAGAGGCUGCUGUGCUGGUGGGACCCAGCGGAGGAGGAGGGGGGGAGGUGACAGGGGGUCUUUGGGCAGGUGUGAGCAUUUUUUAAGUGUAUAGCACUGCUGUUUGUGGCAGCUGCUGUGCCCAGCUGUGGAGGAGACCUCUGUGCCACUGGCUCUCCAGCAUCGGUGGGCAGUCACGAGGCGGGCAGCUCGGUUGCUGCGCUGUUGCGUGCCCCAUUCCCCCCAGGAUUUGCCUCCCUAUUGCCUUCCAAGCAGGGCAGAGAGCUGGCAGGUAAUGCCCGAAGCGAGUUUUCUUCCAUCGCACGUGGUUUUGUUGUCCUCAUCUGGGGUUAGCUUUCCCCUCGUCCUGUAGUGACCCAGGCACCCUGGAGAUCAGCCGCGCUGAGCGCUGCAGAAAGCCUCCCGCCCGGCUCUGCUGGUGUCCGGGAGCCCCUCGUCUCCGUUGUCCUGUGCAAAGGUGCAAGGUGCCCCCGUGGCUGCUCGCGUGCUUCCACCCGUUCCUCCACCAGCGGUGGGAGCUGUGUCCUCUGCAGCCUCGCGGCGAUGGAGGUGCAUCUCCUGCCUCGGCAUUGCAACGCCACGCCGUGGCUCUUCAGGUGGAAGGCAGAAGUGUUUGUAGGUGGUUUCUUUGGGAUGCUUAUUGGAAACUGAUAUCCCGUCCCGUGUCUGGGUGCAGACAGGGAGUUGGGGGACGGUUUGUACCCCUUGCCAAAUCGGAGCGGCUGCUCUUUGCCUGUGGCUUGCAGGGCUUGUUUCUAUUCCCCCCAUCACCAGCUUGUCCCACGGCCAGGGGAGCCAGACCACGGAAGAGCUGCUUUGCCCAGUUUCGUAUCUGAGUUGUCUUCUGCUUUCUCAGCACUGCUGGUGGCAGUGCAGCCAGGGAGGGAACUGGGCAGAGGAGGGCGAACACUGCUCAAAAGGAAAAUGCUACACUAUUUUGUUGUAAAGCCUGAGGGGGAGCACAGGGCAAGGCUGUGGAGGCAGGAGCGCCCUUUGCAACAGCCCAGCAGCGUUGUACCGUAGCGUCACCCUCCCGCGGCUCCCCGGCGUGAACGCCGUGGGAAGCUGGAGCUUGGAGACCAUCUGCUCC